AUGAGCUGCAGCAGUGUUGCAGGGUCAGAGUUCUCAGAGGAGGAGCUGGAUCUCAGCCUGUUGGACCGAGGAGACGACGACGAUGAAAGUACUAAAGACACUGAGAGCUCCACCAGUAGCCCGAGCGACCCGGAGGAAGGGCAGACCAAGAAGCGCAACAGGCCCGUGCGCUCGAAGGCGCGACGAGUGGCAGCAAACGUGCGGGAGCGAAAACGCAUCUUGGACUACAACCAGGCCUUCAACGCCCUGCGAGUCACUCUGAACCACGACCUCAGCGGCAAGCGUCUCUCCAAGAUUGCUACCCUGCAGAGAGCCAUCAACCGGAUUUCCGCGCUCUCCGUGUUCCUGAGCUCGAACCCCCCGAGCAAACCCUGCGCCCACCGGGAGUGCGGCAAGUCAUUGGCAGUUCCGGCGGCGGCGGGAGCGUCCAGAGUGACGGUUCCUCGCCUGGAGCAUCAGAGCUACGUCCCCUGGCACACGUCCAUCUCGCACCAGAUGCAGCCGCAACAAGGAGCCCACAUGCACCGGCUGCCCACAGACACACACCUCUACAUGGACAACAACGUGUCCUCGUGUCCCCCGUCGCCCCACUACCCCUGUUACCCCCCCGAGGGACAGAUCUACGCCUCAAACGGACACUGCAGCAGCAGCAGCCCCCACGACCACCCGCCGAGCCCCCUGAGAUACCCGCAGGUAGGGGAGGGGUUGGGGUACCAGCCGGGGAUGUGGGCCUCCUGCACUCAGAGGUACAUGGACUCGUUUGUGGAGCCGUCUCCGGCUCUCGGGCUGCCCUGGCAGGUGAGCUACCUGCAGGAACCGGAGCACAACCUCCCCCUGUGUGCAGACGUACUGUAA